AUGAGUAUACCCUGCCCACUUAUUAAGAACCGUGGCUAUAAUUUCUGUGUCCUAACCUGUCAUUCAUGUAGAACAUUUUUCCGUCGAAAUGGACUCAACGAUUAUACACAGAGUUUAUGCAAAGCGGGCGAUAAAUGUGUGAUUACUGUCGAGAAUCGCAGGCAUUGCCAGAAAUGUCGGCUCAAAAAGUGUUUUGAAGUCGGAAUGAAAAGACAAUUAAAAUGUUUUUACGGUAUUUUACGCAUGUGCGCCAAUGAUCAAAUCGCCCUGGUCAAAUAUAGCUGCUUUGAAAUACAAAUACUCAAAAGUACCCACCAACUCGUGAAACACUAACAAUAUCUCUG